UACUGACAUAAAGAGUUUCUGAUCUACCUGCUGAUUCAACAGAGAGGAGCAGCUAUGAGUUCAACAGCAGCAGCCAGUGGAUUUGUCGUCUUCCUUCUCUCUGUACAAGUGAUACAGAGUGAGGGUGGCUGGGGAGUGACUUACACUCCUACUGAGGUCUGUGCUGAAGAAGGAUCAACAGUGGAAAUACACUGCACCUACACAUACCCAUCUAGAAUACAGCACCGUGAUAUCAAGGAAGCAUUCUGGUUCAAACAGAAAGGUGGUGAACCUGUGGAUCUGAGAACAGACUCUGAGUAUUCAGGUCGUGUGCAGUACAGAUGUGAUGAGAAGAAGUGCACCCUGAUUAUUACAAACGUGAUAAAGAGUGACUCAGCUGAGUACAAGUUCAGGUUCAGGACAAACAAACAAUAUGAGAAAUAUUCUGAUUCACCUGGAGUCACUUUGUCUUUCACAGAUCCAGGUCUCCAGGUGAAGGUGAGCAGAUCAGAUCUUACCUGGUCGUUGCUGGAGUGUCACAGCAGUUAUGUUCUGCCUGAUAAUCCUUCCUACAUCUGGUACAAGAAUGGACAGCACAUCAAGAGAACAUCCUCUUCUUAUUCAGUCUACUUUGGUUCUGCAGACAGCUACUCCUGUGCUGUAAGAGGAUCUGAGAAUCACUGUUCUCCUCCAGUGUAUGCUCCAAAGCUUCCCUCUGUGUCAGUGAGUCCCUCUGAUGAGAUAGUGGAGGGCAGUUCAGUGAAUCUGACCUGUAGCAGUGAUGCUAACCCAGCAGCUAACUACACCUGGUACAAGGAGGGUGAAGACUCACCAAAAGCAUCAGGACAGAUCUUCACCAUCACUGGCUUCAGAGCUGAACACAGUGGGAAUUAUUACUGUGAAGCUCAGAACAACAGAGGACGUAGUAACUCCACCUUCCAUCUGAUUACUGUGGCCGGAUCAAUGACAACAGUAGCUGUUGGAUCAACCGCUGCUAUUUUUCUGGCUAUCAUAAUCCUCGCUGCCUUCCUGUUGAUUAGAAGAAAGAGGUCCUCGACACAAACUAGUGAGCCUGGAGAGAGACCAGACAACGACGCUCAGAUCAAGAGGUCAAGGAGCAGUGGAUGAUUUAUCUGCACUGUACAGCAAAGUCAGCAAACAACCAAGAGUAUGAACACAACCAUGAUCUGUGAUCUGUUACUUUACAGUGUUAACACAAAUGUAUGAAUAUGAGGUUUGAUAUACUGUAUUUACCAUUGUUAUGAUGUCCAGCAGAGUACUAGUAUCAGGUAGCAAAUGGGUGGUCAGCUUGUAAUAUAUAAAUAGCCUUUAAAUACAGAAUUAGCUUCAAAAUGUUACUUAGUUGUAAUAUUUUACUGCCAGUGCUAGCAGCUUUCAAACAUGGUAGAAUUAUAAAGUGUAUGUAUGUCAAAUAGUAUUAAUUUUGUGAAACAAGUUUAAAUCAUAUUAAUAUAGUUGGUGGGAUGGGAGUGGUCUGCUGUUCUGCACCCCCUUUCUCAAGAAGAUAAACCAAGAAGAAGUCAGAAGAAACUGCGCUCAUCUACUUUGUCCGCAUUGGUGAUCUUGACCCUUGAGCAAACUGACGCAUAUGGACAGAAAUUCAUUGUUAUUCAUUGUACUCAUCAUUUUCUUUAUUCAUUCCAUUCAAUUUGUUCGUUAAUUGUGUAUUCAUUUAUUUUGUUUUCAGUAGUUUUGGUUAUGCAGUCCAAUAAAUAUUUAAUUCAUGAAGAAUUUGAUGCAAAUUUGGCUGCGCAGCAUUAGGUACGGGAAUGUCGAUUGGUCAGUCGUUCCAUCACUUCAGUCCAACACUUCGGUCUGGACUGAAAUAUCUCAACAACUAUUGACAUGAAAGGUUUUACUGACAUUCGUUAUCCAUUGAAGAUGAAUCAUACAGCCUUUGGUGGUAUCCUGACUUUUAAUUUAAUUUGUCAUACACUUUUAUUCAUGAUUAAAUGC